UCCUGCAGGCUGCUCGGUCGCGAGAGCCACUCGGCAGCGAGAUGCACUGAAGGGGAGACCACGGUUAUCUGAGUUCAGCCUGCUCGCCAUGCCGCGGACCGCGCUGCUGGAGUGAUUUCUUUUUCUUUUCUUUUCUUUUCUUUUUUUUUACAAGUUUCUUUUUUAUUUUACAGGGAAGAGCGAAUGCCGGUGGGGAAAUGACUAACAGGAUGGAGGGUUCGGUGGGACCAGGUGUCAUGGCCGACGGGCCCGUCUCGGCGCCCAACAGCCCCGUGAGCUCCACCAUAGGCCCGCCUCCGUUCCCGGAGGGGGAGCCGCAGUCGUCCCUGACGGACGUCACCCAAAUGUGGAUUAAGUUUGGCAAGACCUUCGCCGUCAUCCUCCCUAUCUACAUCAUGGGAUACUUCGAGUUCAGCUUCAGCUGGGUCCUGAUCGGACUCGCCACGUUCUUCUACUGGAGGAAGAACUACGGCGGCAAGGACUACAGGAUAAACCGCGCCAUGGCGUUCCUGGAGCACGAGGAGCGAGCGGUGACGGAGAGUGUGCUCAUGUCUGAGAUGCCGCCGUGGGUCAAUUAUCCAGAUGUGGAAAGAGUGGAGUGGCUGAACAAGACGGUGAAGCAGAUGUGGCCGUUCAUCUGCCAGUUUGUGGACAAGCUGUUCAGAGAGACCAUCGAGCCGGCGGUGAAGGGCGCCAACCCUUAUCUGAGCUCCUUCUGCUUCUCUAAGAUCGACAUGGGCGACAAGCCGCUGAGAGUGAACGGGGUGAAAGUGUACACGGAGAACGUGGACAAGCGGCAGAUCAUCAUGGACCUGCAGAUCAGUUUCGUCGGGAACACCGAGAUCGACGUGGACAUCAAGAAAUAUUACUGCAGAGCUGGAAUCAAGAGUAUACAGCUUCACGGGACGGUGCGAGUGGUGAUGGAGCCUCUGCUGGGGGACAUGCCUCUGAUCGGAGCCCUGUCCGUCUUUUUCCUCAAGAAACCGUUGCUGGACAUCAAUUGGACGGGACUCACAAACAUGCUGGACAUUCCUGGUAUCAAUGGUUUGUUUGACAGCAUCGUGCAGGACAUCAUCUCCAGCCAGAUGGUCCUGCCCAACCGCAUCACCAUCCCUCUGGUCCAAGAGAGCCAGCUGGCCCAGCUCCGCUUCCCCAUGCCCAAGGGCGUCCUGAGGAUCCACUUCAUCGAGGCCCAGGACCUGCUGGGCAAAGACAAGUUCCUCGGAGGGCUGAUCAAGGGCAAGUCGGACCCCUACGGGAUCAUCAGGAUCGGGACCCAGAAUUUCCAAAGCAAAGUCAUCCACGAGACCGUCCACCCGAAAUGGAACGAGGUGUACGAGGCCUUAAUCUACAAUAACACGGCUCCCAAUCUGGAGAUUGAGCUGUUCGAUGAAGACACCGAUAAAGACGACUUCCUGGGAAGCCUGGGGAUCGACGUGGCGGAGCUCCAGAAGGAGAAGAAGGUCGACGAGUGGUUCGUGAUCGAGGAUGUGGCGACGGGGAAGCUGCACCUCAAACUGGAGUGGCUGUCUCUGCUGUCCACGCCGGAGAUGCUGGACCAGGCUCUGGCGGACGUCAAAGCCAAUCGCGGUCAAGCCAACGACGGCCUGUCGUCCGCGCUGCUCCUCAUCUUCCUGGAUUCAGCCAGGAACCUGCCGCACAAUCCAUUAGAGUUCAACCAGACGGGGCUGAGGAAGUCCUCGGUCAGUAAGGCCAUCAAGUCUGGUAAAAAGGUGACCAGCGAUCCCAGUCCACAUGUCCAGUUCACAGUGGGACACAAUCUCUUUAGCAGCAAGACCAGAUAUAAGACCAAUGAACCGGUGUGGGAGGAGGCCUUCACCUUCCUCAUCCACAACCCCAAAAGCCAAGAGUUGCAGGUCGAGGUGAAGGACGAGAAGCACGAGUGCUCGUUGGGGACGUUGACGCUUCCUCUGAGCCGCCUGCUGGAGGCGGAGGACAUGACGCUGAACCAGCGCUUCCCCCUGAGGAACUCCGGACCCAACUGCACCCUCAAGAUGAAGAUGGCUCUGCGGGUGCUGUGUUUAGAAACUCCCUCAUCCACAAACGCCGCCCCGUCCUCCGUGCAGGUCAACAAGAACCGAUCUGCCAACAGCACCCCGCGGCCCUCCGUGUCCUCGGAGUCCCCCGCGCCUCCCGCCUUCACCCACGACACCACCGCCCGCUCUUCCUCCGUGUCGGCCCAGGACCUGCUGAACCGGCGCAGGGAGGCCGACCAGCCCUUCAGGUCUCCGGGAAGCACCGACUUGGGGCAGGGUGGAGGAGGAAGAGGAGGAGCAGGAGGCCGGGCCCUCGGGGACACCGGGAGGAGCACCUCCAACCUGACCAUCUCUGGUUCCCAGCAGUACCUGGCCGGAGGCAAGGAGCCGACGCCGAGCAUCGCCUCGGACAUCUCCAACCCCUACGCCGCUCAGGAGCUGCAGCAGAGGCUCCAGCAGCUGCAAAACGGUUCGGGUCCCAAUCAUUUCCCGCUGGGUGAGAUCCAGCUGACAGUCCGUCACAGCUCCCAGAGGAACAAACUCAUCGUGGUCGUCCACGGCUGCAGAAACCUGAUCACGUUCUCGGACCACGGCUCGGACCCGUACGUCCGCCUCUACCUGCUCCCUGACAAGCGGCGGUCGGGCAGGAGGAAAACUCCCACGUUCAAGAAAACCCUCAACCCGGUUUACGAUCAGACGUUCGAGUUCAGCGUUUCCCUCGUGGAGCUCCACAGGCGGACGCUGGACGUCGCGGUGAAGAACGGCGGGGGUCUGCUCUCCAAGCACAAGGGCCUUCUGGGAAAGGUUCUGGUGGAUUUGACCCACGAGGACACCAGUAAGGGCUGGACACAAUGGUAUGAGCUGAGUGAAGAUGGCCUGACGAAGCCUCAGCAACUGUAGACAGGGACCGUAUCUUCAUCUUCAUCAUCAUCAUCAUCAUCAUCAUCAUCAUCAUCAUAUCUCUUCCACUUAAGUCUGUGUGUACGAAAGGAAACAGAACAGCAGCUUUGACAUUCAUCUAAUCACAUCAGUCGCAAGGCAAACCUCCCCUUUAAGAAGUGAAAGGCUAAAGGGAGUGUAGAAUACUAUAUAUUACAUAAAGUACUGCUGUGGAAGUCUAUAUUCCAUAUUUAUAGGAGAAACUAUAACAGCUGUAGAGGAAGACAAUCUAUUUUAUAUUUUCUUCUUUGUUUUUGCUAUUGCAGCAGUUUUUCAGUCGAGAACGACAAUGUACAAGUUUGUAAAUAUAAAUAGUGACGUAGGAGAUAAGAGAGAGAGAGAUAGAGAGAGAGAUGUGCAGGCUCUCUUAUUAGGCCAAAGGAUUGUUUGUCAUUUAAUUAUAUUAUAUUUGAUUUGUUUAUUCUUUUUUUUUUUUUUUUAAAUGAAAACUUAAACUUAAGUUUGUGAAGCGCAGCAGGCCGGCGGUCGCAACCAAAGAGACGAGAAGUAUUUAAUUUCUUCGCGCCCCCCCACCCUCACGAGUGUUUUAUGGUAACACAUCUUCACACUGUAAUAACACGUGUAAUAACCAAGAUAUCGCAACAAAUGUUAUGUCAGAUCUUUUAGUUCUUUUCCAUCGCCUGUUUGCUUUUUAAACUGAAUAUUUGCACAUCUGUGUUUUUUUUAAAUUCUUAGUUGUAAUUCAAACAUUGCCUAAAUUUCUUGUUGACAUAUUAUUUUAACAUAAUUCAUCAUCUCAAACUGUAUUUAAAAUGAUCAACCAUGUUUUUUAUUCAUGUAUCUGAAGCCACUAUGUAUAGAAGUGAAUGGUCCUCUUUGGCGCCCCCCAGUGGUAACAUCACAAAAGGACAUGUGCCAAACAUAAUACUAAACUAAUAAUAAUUAGGUAUAUUUUACACAUAAAGGUUAUAUCGAACUCGCCAUUCUGAUGCAAUUAAGUUUUCUGCAUUUUUUCGCAACGCUAAGCUGCCAUCGGGAAUAACUCAACAAUUGUUUCACAUUAGAAGACUUUAAAAGUUAAAAAGAAUUAGUCGAGCAAUUUUAUAUUUCCAAAAAUAAUUGCACAUUUGGUCUCACAGGCUUUUCGUUUGUUUGAUAACGCGACAAUUUCCGUGACAAUCAUGUAGAGUCGUUAAAAAUAUUGUUUAUGAAUCAACUAUUAGUCUUGUUUAGUUUUUUUUUAUGUUUUGUGUACACGCAUCAUAUUCAACACAAUUAUCGGCAUCAAAACAAUGCUUCUAAAAUGUGUAAUAAAUGUCUCGGCCAAAGAGCAGCUGUCCUGUGUCGACGCAUCGGAGGCCAGUGUGACCUUUGCCCUUCGAAAACAAACACAAACAUGGACUUCUUGCCUUGUUGAAUGUGUGUAGUAUUUCACACAUUCUGUAUGUAAACUGUGCCGUUGUGUGUUUAAUUGUGUUUCUUCGCCCCCCCCGUGUUUCAUCUUGUGACAUUCAAACUGUUUGUCCGAAGGCGGUUUGUUUGUGUUCUUCCUCCGUCUUCUUAAUUUAUCUCGUGCCUUAAGAUUCACACGACCCAGAGAUGUUGGCGUGUACAAAGAGAACCCCGUGCGGAAAAAAACGGCUUCAUCAGUGUCCACAUUGUCUCCUAUAAAUGUCUUUUAAAACACAAUAAAGAGCUCUUUAGCAGCAUAAAGCUGGA